AUGGCGGCGAAGAAGGGCCUUCUCGCCGCCGUCCUGCUCCUGUCCUUGCUGAGCUCCCCGCUGCCGUCGCGCGCCCAGGCAUCGGUGUUCCCCGUCAAUGUGUGGCCCAAGCCGACGUCCAUGUCCUGGGCGGAGCCGCUCGCGGCCAUGCCGGUGUCCGCGUCGUUCCGCAUCGUCGGCACGUCCGGGGACAGCCCGUACCUCGUCUCCGCCACGCAGCGCUACACCGCGCUGCUCUUCGCCGAGAGGUACAGGCCCAUCGUCCGGCCGGCGGUCAAUGUCACCGCCGGGGGCCCCGCGCUCCAGAGCCUGACCGUGUCCGUGUCCGACCUGUCCGCCCCGCUCCAGGACGGCGUGGACGAGUCCUACGAGCUGGAAAUCCUCCCCACGGGCGUGGCCACCAUCACGGCUGCCACGGUAUGGGCCGCCAUGCACGGGCUGGAGACGUUCUCGCAGCUCGCGUGGAGGGGCCGGCAAGGGGAGCUGCUGGUGGCCACCGGCGUGCGCGUGGAGGACAAGCCUUUGUACCAGCACCGCGGCCUGAUGCUCGACACCGGGAGGACCUACUUCCCCGUCGUCGACAUCCUGCGGACGAUAGACACCAUGGCGGCCAACAAGAUGAACGUGUUCCACUGGCACAUCACGGACUCGCAGUCGUUCCCCAUCGAGCUGCCGUCCGAGCCGAUGCUCGCGGAGAUGGGCGCGUACGGCGAGGACAUGAGGUACACCGUCAAGGACGUCAAGCGCAUCGUCGAGUUCGCCAUGAGCCGCGGCGUCCGCGUCGUGCCGGAGAUCGACGCACCGGGCCACACGGCGUCGUGGGCCGGCGCGUACCCGGAGGCGGUGUCCUGCGCGGGCAAGUUCUGGCUGCCCGACGCGAGCGACUGGGGCACCAGGCUGGCGGCGGAGCCGGGGUCCGGGCAGCUGAACCCGCUGGAGCCCAAGACGUACGAGGUGGUGGCCAACAUCAUCGACGACAUCACCUCCAUGUUCCCGGAGGGCUUCUACCACGCCGGCGCCGACGAGGUGACGCCGGGAUGCUGGGAGACGGACCCGUCGAUCCAGGCGGACAUGGAGAAGGGCGGCACCCUGAGCCAGCUCCUGGAGCGGUACGUGCGCGCGGCCGGGUACCGCGCCAUCGUCUCCUCGGCCUCCUUCUACUACCUCGACUGCGGCCACGGCGACUUCGUCGGGAACAACAGCGUGUACGACGACCAGAGGAGCGACUACAAGACGGACGGGGGCUCCUGGUGCGGGCCGUUCAAGACGUGGCAGCGGGUGUACGACUACGACGUCGCGUACGGGCUCACCGCGGAGGAGGCCAAGCUGGUCAUCGGCGGCGAGGUGGCGCUGUGGACGGAGCAGGCCGACGCGACGGUCCUGGACGCCAGGAUCUGGCCGCGGGCGUCGGCCAUGGCGGAGGCGCUGUGGUCCGGCAACCGCGACGCGUCCGGCAGGAAGCGGUACGCGGAGGCCACGGACAGGCUCACCGACUGGCGGCACCGCAUGGUGGGGCGAGGGGUCCGCGCCGAGCCCAUCCAGCCGCUCUGGUGCCGCACGCGCCCGGGAAUGUGCGACCUGGUUCGGUAGCGACCCGACAAGGAGCGGCGCGCGCGUACGCGCCGUUGCGUGUGCCAACUCUGAGCAUCAUUACCUUUCAUUCAUAUCAAACGUGUCAAACUAAAUUAUGUAAGUGAGCUAAAGCAUGUAUGGUGUUUCCUUUUUGUUGUGUGAUUGUGCGGAGAAUACUACCAGCAGUGCCAUUUUUUUGUCAACUUGUUCUUUGUUUGUAAAUGUGAAGUGGACGGCAUGUCAUGUUAUCCAAUGCGCAGUUGUACCUUCCUCAAAGCCGGACCUUUUCA